AGUCCACUGGCCGCUGCCGUCCCGUCCGCCCGGGUCCGGCCCCUCGCAGGAACGAUUCCUCCACGUCCGACACCGUGCCCGCAACCAGAAAACAACCAGAAAAGAGAGAGGAGAGAGGGGAGAGGAAAAUCCCCCGCCCCGCCCCGUCCUGCCGUAAAGCCCACACGUCGCUUUGACUUCGCCCUCCCUCCCCUCAUCUGCCUGCCUUCGCCGAGCUCACACGACCACCCAGUACCCAAGCGAGCUCCCUCUCCUCCCGCUGCGCCUCGGCCCCGGCGGCUCUCGCCUCAUGUUGAACCACUCCCGCUCCCGGCCCGACUCCCGAUCCCCGUUCCUCCACGGCCUGCCGCCGCCGCAGCACGCCGCCGCCGCAGCCGGGACGGAGGAGCUCCCCCGGGACCCCCGGAUGGACCCGCCGUCGUCGUCGGGGAGGGGGCCGGCCACGCCGCGGCGGCAGCUGCAGGGCCCGCGCCCGCCCAGGCUCAACGUCAGGAUGGAGUCGCACGCCAUCCGGAAGCCCUCGGCGUCGGGGGGACUCGCUCCCGCGGCCCCGGCGCAGGGGGCGCAGCCGAGGCGGGACGACCAGCAGCAGCAGCAGCCCCCGCCGCGGGCGCCCGUGAUCAUCUACGACGCGUCGCCCAAGGUCAUCCACGCCAAGCCCAGCGAGUUCAUGGCGAUCGUGCAGUCCCUCACGGGCCCGGGAUCCGGCGCGCCGCAGCAGCGGCAGGAGCGCCGCCGCCAGGCGGACGACGACGACGACGACGACGUCCUGCUGCUGGACCAGGCGGCGACGGCGUUCCUGCCCCCCGAGCUGCUGCUCUCGCCGUCCGCCGCCAUGUCCCCGGCCGCGCGCCUCGCCACCAUCGAGCGCUCCGUGCGCCCGGCGCCGGACUACGACGUGGGCGUCCUCUCGGGCGCAGGCGGCGGGGCCGGCCGAGACGGAGACGACGGCACGCUCGCGGCGAUGCUCGGCCCCCCCGCGCGCCACCCCAGCAUCCUCUCCCCGCUGCCGUCCGCGCUGCCGCCCGCCGCCGCGUCGGGGCUCUUCUCGCCGCUGCCCUUCGACCCCAGCGGCAUCAGCUGGCUCAACGAGCUCAGCCCGAUCCUCCGCGCCGCGUCCUCCGCCGGCCCCGGCGCCUCCUCGUCCGCCUUCGCUGCCGCCGCCGCGACCAACGGCGGAUCCCGGCCCCCGCCGCCGGCCUACUACUCCGACCCGUUCGUCCCCAGCCCCCGCAACCUCCUCGCCACGCCCACCGUGCCGUCGCCCACCGCCGUCGCCGAGUUCUUCGGCAGCCUGCCGGAUCUCUAGCUCGCCGUCGCCGCCGCCGCGUCCGUCCAAGACGGAUGCAGUGCAGCCCCAGCAGCGGCGGCCGAAACUUUAGCUACAUUUUUCUACUCCUUUUCCCUAUAACACCAAAAAAAAAUUCUUCUUUCUGGCGGGUAGGACACGUUGGCGGGCCCGGCACCGAUGCCAAUUUGAUUAGUGCAGUGGAGAGAGUGAGAAAAGGGGUGGGAACGUAACUCGGAAAGCAAUGGCUAAAGAUAGUUCAGGAGUAGCAGCUGGUGUCUAGGCUCUAAAGGCAGCCGGCCGUAACAGCACUAGGAACUUUUGUUUAUUUCUUCUUCUUCUUGGAUUUACUAGACUUGCUACACACCUUGUGUAGGCCAAGAGAGAUGAUUGUUUGUUUAAUGGAGGAUUGGUUAAUUCUUUGCUUA